AUGGGAGCUGGCAUCGCAGUGGACUUUAAGAGGAGAUUUGGCAGAGUUCCAGAACUAAGAAAACAAAGGAAAGAAACAGGACAAUGUGCUGUUUUGAAAGAUGACAACAGAUAUAUUUACUAUUUGGUUACUAAGAGGUUUAGUACAGACAGACCUGAAUAUUCUGCGCUUAAACAAAGUCUGACAGAAAUGAAAGAUCAUUGUUUGACAAAUGGUGUAAUACAUGUUAGUAUGCCUAAUACUGGAUGUGGGUUAGACAGGUUGAAAUGGAGAAAAGUCAGAUCAAUUCUUAAGCAGGUGUUUAAAAAUUCUGGUAUCAGUAUUACCAUUUAUGUAAAGACUAAUGAUUAG